UAAUAUUAAUGAAUUUUUCAUAACUAGAAGAUACAUAUAUAUAUAUAUAUGUAUGUAUGUAUUGUACUACUUACUUGUAAGUAAGUGCAAUGUCUAAAGUGAACGAAACUACUUUGAAUAUAUAAUAAUGUGAAAAAUCGUAUUAACCGUUUGUAAUAUUAUGCACAUAUAAAAUCUGAUUGAAAUAAAGAAAACAUUACAAUGAAAGGUUUUUUUUUGAAAGUUUACAUAUGAUGAUGCGAAUGAAUUACAAAACGAUUUUAUUAAUAUUAAUUGUUGCUGUUAUAAGUUCCUUAUUAACAUCAUGGAACAAUUGUGGAUAUCCUUUCUUCUUGAGACCAACAGAUUGGAAAUAUCAAUUUAAUCAACAUAAAGAAAAAGUAAAUAAUAAUGAACCAGGAUAUCAAGAAAUAGAUUGUUCUAUAAAUGGUGAUUAUUCAAUUGGUUGUCGAAAAGAAGGAGAUGAAGUAUACAUACCUUUUUCAUUCAUUCAUAAAUAUUUUGAAAUUUAUGGUAAAUUGGCAACAUACGAUGGAUUAGAAAGAUUUGAGUGGUUACACAGUUAUUCGAAAAUUGUAACACCCAAGGGUAAAUAUGAUCCUCGAGGAGUAUUUAUGACAUUUGAAAAUUAUAAUGUUGAAGUCAGAGAAAGAGUAAAAUGUGUUAGUGGCAGUGAUGGUGUACCAGUAUCCACACAAUGGGAAAGUCAAGGAUAUUAUUAUCCAACUCAAAUUGCCCAAUUUGGAUUGUCCCAUUAUAGCAAAAAUUUAACAGAACCAGAACCUUACAGAAAAUUGAUAAAAGAUUCUGAUAAACUCAAACUGGAAUGGUCUGUUCCUCAGGGAUCUUUUAUUUCUCAAAUAUAUGACAAACAAGUUAAUAGUUAUGUUACGAAAUUUGCAACACCUGAAACGAGUACUUCUGGAAUAAGUUUAAAACUGGAUCAUGUAUUAGAUCUUGUAUUAAAAUGGGAUUUAAAGAUUAAGGAUAAUGGCAGUAUUAUGGUUACAUUGCAAUCUAGAGAAAAGAAAGAUAUGUAUAACUUACAUUAUACGGCAAAUAAUAUAAUGUUACAUACCUUUAGGAAUCAUAUAUAUUAUGGAAUUGGACAAAACAAUCAUCAAUGGAAACGUUUUACCAGAGAUUUAGUUGUUGAUUUACAAAAAGGAUUAUAUUUGAAUGAUAAAAGUAAAAAGAAACUUUCGCGAUCUAAAUUAAAGAUUAUUAGAAUAACCCUUUAUGGUUCUGGAAUGAUCGAUAAUAUUACAUUAUCAACAAGCGAACAUAUGGAACAAUUUUAUGAUGCUGCUAAAUGGUUUGUAGCUAAUCAAAAUGUUACAUCUGGUGGAUGGCCAAACCCAGUUAGAAGAAGAGUUUCUACUGGUAUGGCUACGCUGGAACCUGGAUGGUAUUCCGGUAUGGGUCAAGGACAUGCUAUUUCAGUAUUGGCGCGAGCAUAUUAUCAUUCUCGAGAAGAAAAAUAUUUACAAGCUGCAGUGAGAGGUUUAAGGCCAUUUAAAUUAUCAUCUAGUAAAGGAGGUGUAGCAGCUUUAUUUUUAGGUAAAUAUAUUUGGUACGAAGAAUAUCCUACAACUCCACCUUCGUUUAUUCUUAAUGGAUUUAUAUACUCCCUCAUUGGACUCUAUGAUUUAAAAAGUAUAGCAACAGGUAAAGAUGCCAAUGAGGCAUCAAGAUUAUUUAAUCAAGGAAUGAUCUCACUUAAAAAUAUGUUAACUUUGUAUGAUACUGGAUCAGGUACGACAUAUGAUUUACGUCAUUUUACUUUAAAAAUAGCUCCUAAUUUAGCUAGGUGGGAUUAUCAUUCCACACAUGUUAAUCAGCUUCUUCUUCUUAAUACCAUUGAUAAUGAUCCAAUUUUUACUGCAACUGCAGAAAGGUGGAUCGGAUAUAUGAAUGGUAAAAAGGCUGCACAUAAUUAAUUGCAUUUUACAUUUAUGUAUUUGUACUUAAAAGUACUACACUGUGUUCUAAUAUUUAUAACUAAUAUUUGAUAUUAUUUCUUCUUCA